UGGGCCCGGAGUGCUCGGCCCGAAAGGCCGGGCUCGACGGCCCGUCCUGCCGCCAGGGCAGCAGGGCCUAGCCGCAUACCUGGGCGAAGGGGCCCGGGGCUUCAGGGCAUCUCCCCCGCAGGCCCUCUCAAGGGCAGGGAAGGAGCUUUCUGGCCCAGCUCCUGCUGGCACAGGACUCUAUGUUGCCAACCUGGAGGGAGGGUCCAGCCAGGCCUGGGGUGCUGGGGGGGGUGGGACCCCCCCCCCAAGGCACCCGCGGUGGGGGCAUGACCCAUCGCAAGGUCUGGGAAGACCCGCUGGGCCCUGACAAGUUGGGCAGAGGCAGAGGCCUGAAGGCUGAGGUAUUUGGCUUGGCCGUGGGCUGCCAGGCUCUCUACCCCCUUGGCGUCCGCCUGGACAGUGGGCACCUGCAGUGGCCACGUUGGGCUCCAGACCUUCACUGUCUACACCUUAAUUUUCAUCCUGCUUCUCUCUAUCCCUGUGGUGCCGAAAACAAAGGCAUCAGCAGGACCCAGUGACUGGGGCAGAGGGACACUCACUCUCACCCUGAACCGAGCAGGACCACCCACCCUGUUCUGUGGACAGGACGCCGAGAGUGGAUGUGGGACAGGAGGCUGCUGUGCUGUGCUGUGCCAUGGCUGGGCCCACCUACUGUGUGAGCAGGUCUAGGGGCCAGCAGGGCAUGGGAAGCAGAGUGUGGCUCACCACUGGCAUUGAUGGGUUACCCACCCACUGUCUGUCCCUCCCAGCAGCACAGCUCAUGGGGAACAAGUGCUCAGAAGAGGCAUGCUGAUCUCUGAGUAUUUUUAGCUAUAUUCCCAGGAGCAGAUCUUGCUACAGUUCUGCACCACAGGCCCAGUUCUGUGACCUCACUGAGGCUUGGAGGUUUGGGGAGGAGGGGGUUAAUCUAUACCCCCCACCCCCAACUCUCCAAGGAUGCUUUCUCCCUCCCAAGGGGUCUAUCCCCAAGCCUUUCCCAUGGCAAAGUUGAGAAGAAGCCACGCUUGGGCACCCAAAGGUGUUCCAGAGGGCUGGGGACUGCAUGCUAGCAGUGAGCUCCUUGACCUGGCAGUCCUGUGCCCUGUCAGGAUACCUCCGCACUGUGCCUUCUCCCCUGGGCACCGGGCCGUGCCCGUGCUGGGGUCAGCCUCUCCCUCCUGCUGCAGUGAGCCAACUGCCUGCACUGGUGUCAGUGCCAGGACUCCUGGGGUCUGUACCAGCACCAGUCUAGAAAGAGAGCAUUAUCUAGUGGGUAGAGCCAGGUUUUGGGUGCUGCCCUUGGGUCUGAUCCUGACAUGACCAGUGGGCAUGGCUCUGAGCAUGCCAAGCACCCCCCUCAUGAAGGGUGCCCUGUGCUUUGGUUGGUGGCAGAAGGAAGCUCUUCUUAGGGCAAGGGGUUGCCAUCCAUGCUCUGCUCCAUGGCCAAGGAGGGCAGACAGGGCCUGGGCAUAGUGCUGUCAUGCUGAGCUCCCAUGGGACUGGGCUCUGCUACUGCAGCCUCUCUGCACCUCUCAAGGGCUUCCCAUUCAGAAUUUCUCUUCCCAGCCAUGUGCCCAGCUCUGCACUGGGGCACCAUGUCCUACCCCAGCAGCAGCUGCAGCUCCCUGCUGCCUGAAGCCACUUGCUUCUCAGGCCUCCUUGCAGCUGAAAGCAGCUGUAGGAACUUUUCCCCCAUCUCACACUCUCCCUCUGCCUAGACAACCUCUGGAGUGACCAGAGCCUGGAGACGGACCCUGAUCUCCCCCCAGGUUGGAGGAAAAUCCGUGAUUCUCUGGGCACCUACUAUUGGCAUGUGCCUACCGGCACGACACAGUGGCAGCACCCAGCAUGCACUGCUGGCCCAGGCGGGAGCCUGGAGCCUGAUGGAGAGGAGAUGCUCCAGGAAAUGGACUGCCAGGCCUCUCCGGUGAAUCACCACUUGAAGGCCAGGCCGAUUCCCAGCCCUAUGGCUUCACUGUCCAGGAGGACCUCACUGUCCUGGCAUGGAGAUGACUCCCAGCACACCACCGAGCCUGGCUCCAAGUGCUUUGCCGUGCGUUCGCUGGGCUGGGUUGAGAUCCCUGAGGAGGACCUGGCACCUGGUAAGAGCAGCAUCGCCGUCAACAACUGCAUCCAGCAGCUCUCCAACAGCAAGUGCCAGGGCCAGGGCUCUGCAGGUAGCCGGGGCGAGGGCCAGAACCUGGUGAUGAUCCUGAAGAAGGACACCAUGAGCCUGGUGGACCCUCUGGACCAUAGCCUCAUCCACUGCCAGCCCAUCCUCAACAUCCGUGUCUGGGGUGUUGGCUGCAACAACGGCAGGGACAGGGACUUUGCGUUCGUGGCCAGUGACAAGGACACCUGCGUGCUCAAGUGUCACGUCUUCCACUGCAAUGUGCCCGCCAAGGGCAUCGCCAAGGCCCUGCAUGAAAUGUGCUCCAAGAUCAUGGCUGAGCGAGUGGUAGCAAAUAGCAAGUUCUCACGUGCCAUCAACUUGGAGCCCAUCUCCCCCGAUGACCUGCCGCUGCAAGUGGAUAUCCUGGACGCUGUGAGGCAGUCCAUCCAGAAGUACGAGGCACUGUACAUUGGCAGCCUGCCCGUGCCCAGGGCCAUGGGGAUGGAUGUGCUGAACGAGGCUAUUGAGAAGCUGAUGAGAGGCCCUGGGCGGGAGCGCUGGACACCGUCCCUCAUCAGUGUGUCUGACACAGCCAUGAAAGUACACCCAGCACAGGAGGAAGAGGAGGAGGCUCACAUCUGGGAGUGCCAGGUUCGGUACGUGACCUUCCUUGGGGUGGGCAGGGACGCGCACACCUUCGCUCUCAUCGUGGAUACGGGACAGCGCUUCCAGUGCACAGCGUUCUGGUGCGAGCCCGACGCCGGCACCAUCUCAGAGUUCUCCUAGGGGCUGCAGACACAGGCUGGGGGCCCCAAGCGAGCCCCGCUCACCCGUCGGCCACCUGCCCCUGUCCAGGGAGCCCCCCCAGGUGCUCCUCCAGACAAUAGUAGCACCCUGGCUGCCUCCAAAACCCUGCCCCCCAAAUCACUGGGGCCACCCCCACUUGGGCCUGUCAACCCUGCCCUGCGGACAGAGAGUGUUAGGCCAACUGUAGAGGAGCCCUCAGAGGACUGCAGUGUUCCAGCGGAUGCCAUCCUCAUCCCCCUGAGGGAGGCCCUAGAUGCCUGCCGGCCCACAGUGCAGAAACAAGUGUGUGACGACAUUGGGCGGCGGCUGAUGGUGCUUGGGGACACGUGGGCUCAGGGGAAGCUGUCAGCCCCUGUGAGGAAGAGGAUGAACGUCCUGGUGCAAGAGCUGCAGCAACACCACUGGGACACAGCUGAUGAGAUCCACCGCUCACUUAUGGUGGACUAUGUGAAUGAGGUGAGCCAGUGGCUGGUGGGUAUCAAGCGCCUGAUUGCUGAGAUGAGAAACCUGCCCACCGUGGUGCUGGCUGAACCCAGGGAUGAUGGGACCAAGACCAUGCCUGACCAGGAGGCUGCCUGACGCUCAAGAACGGGGCUGUAGACUGUUGGCAGUGCAGCCUGUGUCCAGGGCCACUGGCAAGAGAAGGACCCCUUGGUGCCUGAGGAGGUGUGGGUGUCUCCUGUUACUCCUCAUCCUCUCCCAGGAAAGGGGGAUUUUUAAGCACCAUAACAUUUUAGUGAUGAUUCACUACAUUAUGUUUAAUAAAUAGCACUAAUCUGA